GACGCAAUGUGAAACCGUUCCGCGCUUUUAGUGGGUCUUGCGUCAUUUUUACGUUCCAGGAUGGCGGUGCCCAGAGGACGGCUGGGGCGAUGGAGCUUGUAAGGAAGCAGUGUUGCAUAGUGCCAGUUGAUGUGAGUUGGUUUCAGGCUGUUUGAGUGCCUCAACAUGAAUGCCCAUCCAGCUGGAAGUCAGCUUGUUAGGAUUUUGAGACUGUGCAGCUCUUUCUCUCGAGGAUAUACUGUAACUGGUUAUGGAGAUUGCAGCACUUUGAUCCAAAAAAAUGGAUUUGUGUCAUCGAGGACACAGAAUGGCUUCCUUUACCAUUUGAAAAAUUGUCUGGGUUUAACUUUGUUCCGCUUCCAGUCUUCUGAAAGGAUGCCCCACAUUCCCAGUGAAGCAGAAGAUGUAAAUAACCAUACCGGAGAAACCAAAGACUCUAGUGUUGUACCCACUCCUUCCAUCAGCAGUUCAACAAACACGGCAUCCUCCCAAUACAGAGGACCGACCACUGAGGGUUCUUCCACAGAUUGGAAAAGCAUGUCACUAAUGGAGAGGAGGCGAUCUUGGGAACAAUUCUGCGAUGAGCUUCAGCAGUGCACCUCUCCCAGCGAUGUGUUGGACUUGUACAGGCAGUCCCACGUGACCUGGAAACAUAUCAGCAACUCCCUGAUGACACUGUGGGCAACGACAAAGAGAAUGUCAGAUGAUCAGAAACGUUAUGAGCGGAAGCUGAUGUUUGAGCACCCAGUCUUUGAGGAGAUUUGCCAGCAGGCCUUGAAGGAAGCUCAACUAAUGAGCUGUAAUGACUUGGUGUACAGCCUCUUCGCUUUGGUAAAAAUAGGAGUAUCCCAGCAUAGCCGUCUUAUUCAUACACUGCUGAGAGUCUCCCAGGAGCGUCUGAAUGAGUUUGAUGAGCGGGCUCUCUCAGUGCUGUCCAGCUGCUUGAGAACCAUGGAGGAGAGUAAGAACGUCAUUGCACUGCGGGCAGGUCUGAGGCUACUUGUAGAACUGCGUAUUCCAAACAUUAAGACGGUGAUGGCCUUGCAGACUAUGAUGAGAUGUAUUGGUAAAGAAUCCCCACUGCCUCUAAAGAAGAAACUAGAGAACAAAGCGCUGUCAUUGCUGAAUCAAUUCACCCUUCCAAACUCUCAGUACAUGUUCAUCACGUUGGCAGUUAUGGGCUACCGCUCGUACCCACUCUUAGAGGCUUGCAGUAACAGGGUUAUCGAGAAUAUUCACGGCGUCCCAUUUUGGCGACUUGUGCACCUUUUACAGUCGUGCAAGGACCUCAGUUAUCGGAAUGCUGCUCUCCUCACUGCUGCAGGCAACCACGUGGCUUCCAUGCUGGCUAUCUGGGAGGUUAAGCAGCUGAUUCUCUUCCUAAAGCUGUUCGCCGAUCUCGGUUUCCGUCACAUCGAGCUGAUGGAUGGCUUCGCACAGAUGGUGCCGGCAAGAUCUGAAUCCCUGACUUUUAAGGAUAUGCUGUCAACUCUUCGUGUUUACUCCCUGUUGAACCAUUGCCCAGAAGAGGGGCGAAUCGAGCAGUUUCUUCAGACUCUCAUUGACCUGUUUCAGUCACACUUGUCAAAGUGUUCAUCACUGGAGCUGCUCCAAGGAGUUUACUACCUUUGUCUGCUGAGACACUAUCCCUCAGCUGCUCUAAACCAACUCUUCCAGGAUGAUGUCCUGAGCGAGCUCCAGUCUUCAGCCAACCUCAACCGAGAGGCAAACAAGCGAACUCUUCAGUGCAUCAAACUGUGUAUGGAGUUAGAGAAUCCUUCUUUUGCUGUGCCAGAGAUUGCCAGGAUCGCUGAGCCCUUGCCAGCCAGUUUUGUAGUAAACUCAGCCAUGAAGGAGGUGGUGGAAGCCAUCUUGGGUGACGGCAGUCCGUACCGCUGGGGGUCGGUGUUGAGAAACGUUCAUUUCAUAGAUUUUGAAAUUGCUUUGGACCAGGAGAGAAAAUGUGUGGUACCUCUUCCUCAGGAUGAUGAGAUUAUCCAAAGUACCAACAUACAGAGAGUGGCUGUGCUUUGUGCACCAGUCUCUGCCUUUUGUCUUGGGACAGAGCAUCCCAAAGACAAGCUGGCACUGAAGGUUCGGCAUCUCAAGGCGCUGGGCUACCAUGUAGUAUUGGUCUCGGAACAUGAGUUUGGAAAGAUGUCAGAAGAUGAAAGAGUUGAGUUCUUAAAGAGUGCGAUCUUUGGAGAAUAAAGUCGCCUUUGAGGAGUCACUGAACAAUGCACUGGAUGCCCAUUGUAGGCAAGAUGUGGUCAACUGUGUCAGUCAGCCUCUGAUGACAUUGCACUCUCCAAUGAAUGAAAUUUCGAACUUGAAUCAGUGCUGUGUUUAUCCUGAGCCCACUGACAAUCAGAUCAGAAUGAAGCAGCAUCAGAUGAACCCAGACAUCUGCUGUAGUGAUGAUGCUCCAGGUAUCAUGGCAAGGGAUAAGCGUGAUGGGCCACCUUCUGCAUUACCUUCUUCCCUUAUACACAGGAAGGAUCUCUCCAAUAACCUCUGGUUGGGUAGGACAACUGUGAUCACGCAUUGUGUCUUCCAGUUGAUGGUUUGAGCUCAAUUUUAUUUUCCCUUGGGUGGCAACCAAAACGUACGUCUUUAUUUAGCAACAGUGAUGCCAAGAGGAACUACUUCCCUACAGAUCCAAAACCCCAUGCAUAUUGAAAAUAAGAAGGAUAAACAGAAACCUUUGGAAGUACUCAGCAGUUCAGGCGACACUUAUGUAGAGAGCAAGGUUUACUCUGUUUCUGUCUCCACAGAUACUGCAUGACCAGCUGAAUAUUUCCUGGUUUACUGUUUCCACCCUUCCACCUGUUGGAAUGCUACCGUUGGGCUUCACAGGACAGCUACAUCUUUGUGUGAAUAAUGUGGAUCAGAUCCAUAUUGACUUGUUUAAAAUAAAAUGAAUGAUAAAAGGUAACAAAUACACAUGUUAACAAGCCAAUUGUUACUAAAAAGAAAGAUGUUUUCUUCCUCAAUAAAAUUCCUUUGGUUGCUGUAUAAUUAUUUACCAUCAGUUAUACAUCUCACCUCACCGGCAGCUCUUUGCCAAUGAAAGAUUUGUCAGUAAAUGCCUGUUUUUUUAACUAGUGCCCUUCAUGACUUCAAGCUGUUCAAGAGUGCUUUACCACUAAAUAACUGUAUUUGAAGUCUAGACACUGGUGUGAUGUAGUAAAGGCAGCAUUCAAUGUGAUAAUGAUUAGAUAAAGUAGUUUUCAGUGAUUGUGUUUGAGGGACAAGUAUUGGUUGGGAUUGAAGAAAACUCCCUUACUUUUUUGCCAUGAGUUCUCUUAUAUCCAUUUGGCAGCAGUUCUGGGUUCACAACUAAUCUGGAGAUAUAGCUCAGGAAAUUCAAUUCAGGAGAAGGCUGAGAAGUUGACCCAGUAGAGACCUUUAACAUUAGCAAGUGUUUGACUAAGUAGACAAAGAGAUGAUGGCUUAUAUAUAUAUAAGAGAAUCACCAAUAGAUCCAACAAACUUGGGCAAAAAUUCUUUCCCUGUGAGCAGUAAGAUUGUAAGACAGAUGAAUGGUGAGGUUGAGAUGAACGUGCAGAAAGCAGCUGGUGGUGAUGCUCCCACUGAGGCUGUUCAACCCAAUGUGUCCAUCAAGCUUUUUCUGUUUUUGUUUGAGGUGAUAAUGUUAAUUAGUUAUAGAGUGGGACACCAGCAUAAACGAAUGUGCUGAAGAACCUGUUCUCUGGCCAACAAGUUCUCUGUGUUAGUGAAUCUGCAGUUUCUUUGCUUUUCAAGUUCUUUGUAUUGCACCGUGACCUCCUGAUGGUGGUGAAUUAAGGAGUGUGGUCCUUGCCAAGACUUAUACCCAGCUGCUACCAUCCAAUAGAAAAUUGUCCCAACUAGUUGUUCCUCACUUGGGGACAGGCACCAAGAUCCAGUUCACUUUUACUGCUUCCCUGCCUUUCCCUGGUGUGCAUAGAACCAAAAGCAUGGAGUGGGUGGAGGUCUGUUGGACAAGAGCAGCUGGUCGAGGGCAAAAGGGGAGCCAAGAGAGAAACU